AAUCUAGGAGCAGACUCCAGGUUCGUGUUCACGCCGUCCUUACAAAACUACCCAGACUUGCUACAUUGGAUAUAUUACAAAUUCGACGACAAAAAUAGACACGGAUACUUGUAUGGAACACCGCCCACGGACUCGUUGGACCGAAAAAUCCUAUUGGACAUUAUUGGAUUAAACAAAAARACAUACCAGAUCGAGACACAAGUCAUCCAAUUAAACAUCCUUGAAAAAUCUGAAUAUGCCACGAAYGAAGUAAGAUUUAAGAUUAAUAACUUGAAUGUGGAAGACAUGUUUCACGAAGAACGCAUACCAUACUUGUUGGAUAUAUUCAGACAAAAUUUAUGGCUGGGCAGUAAAGAGAACCUGUACGUUACGUUUCUAGCAUCWGCUAGUGAUCUGGGACAACGAUUACCACUAGACCCAAACGAUACAGAGGGCGUUAUUGUCAAUUUGGGAAGCUCAUCGAAUUUUUCAACAAUGCUAUAUGAUCUUCAGAAAGAAAUUAGUCCGUUGCAAAAAAUGAAUAAAUGUCCCAAGGAUUUUAARAGAACGAGUGUUGAACGUUAUUUUCGAGCUAAUGGUUUCAAUUUGGACUGGUGCAGUUUCAAACUUGUAGAGUUGCCUAUCAUAAACAAGAAUCAGACUAUGAAUGUUCAAGACAAAUUACCUAGCACAAAACAAGCURAAGAAAACGUUUGGGAAUUAAUGGAAUCUCUACAAUACACUCAGUCCAUGCAUACAGAUGCUUCAAAAUUUAUUAUUACAUUAUUUAUUUUUGUAAUUUUUUUAAUUGGAAUAACCUUUAGUAUUGGUGUAUGUAGAUGGCAUAAAAAAAAAGAUAUUUUCUUGAAAAAAUAA